UGCUAAACCGCAGCCAUAUUGUUCUUUCCUUCAAGCGAAGAGCGUGUGUCGUUCACGAUAAAGUGUGUGUUUGAUCGGAUUUUUUGCUGCCAAUUGAGCUAUUUCCAGCCAAAUUUCAUUCUCCAACAAAUCCUCAACAAAUUAGGCAAAAAUGGGCGAUGAGAAGAAGGAUAACAAGAUGGGCGAGUCCGAGCACAUCAAUCUCAAGGUGCUAGGGCAGGACAACGCAGUGGUGCAGUUCAAGAUUAAGAAGCACACACCCCUGAGGAAGCUCAUGAAUGCCUACUGCGAUAGGGCGGGUCUGUCUAUGCAAGUAGUCAGAUUCCGCUUCGACGGACAGCCCAUAAACGAGAACGACACCCCUAACACCCUGGAAAUGGAGGAGGGUGACACGAUUGAAGUGUACCAGCAACAAACGGGCGGCUCUAAUUAACUCAGCGACGGUGAAGAGUGCAGAAUGGGAGCCGCGAUGGAUUAAUUUUAUUGACAGCAACACAUAUAUAAGGGAAGAAUCAACAGAAGGAUAUAAAAAUUAGAAGCGUGGGUGAAAUUCCUUUUCUCUGAUUUACAAUAUUUGACUCAACAUACUUAAGAAAAAAAAAAUUUGUUUGAAUACACCAACAUUCCCAUCGCCAAGAUCUUAUUUUGUGUGAAUCGCUGCUGAUGGAGAAAACACGGUGAAGUGAAAAGGGGAAUGAUAAGAUUUUCUGUCUUAAGAUAUAAUUUAAUUUUUCAUUCAGCAAAUAAAUAGAAGUCUCUUAAUUAUAAAAUA